AUUGUUUACAGUCGGUUGGAGUUGUGUAUCGCCACCGGCAGGCGUCGCCAUUUCCCCUUUUCUGUGCGCAGUCGCGAUGCGGCAGCUGUCAGAACCCAGAGCAAUGGCGGCUCAUCUUCAGACAGGGCUCGUCUGCGCCGGGGUCAGCUGUAAAGGUCGUUACGAGGCAGUAAGAGGAGCGAAAUGUGUAAACAGAUGUCCUAGAUUACACAAAGGAAGGUGUUAAAGGACUAACUUCAGUAAUACCAUCAUGGCGGGCGGUCUGUUAGAUAUAAAUACCAUUACACGGAGCUGCGCAGUGCCGAUGUUACUAUAACGACGCCGCGAUGAUAAACACUGACGCUGGUACUGAGUAAGCUUUCAGCUCGGGAUAGCUGGGUGGCUAGUCAGAGAUUAGCUGCUCGAGCAUGCAUCACCUCUGUAUGUUUACAUGUCACUGACUAGCUGGUUAGUUAGUUAGUUAGACGGCUACGUUGACCGUGACGUAUGUGAUGUUUUCAUGCGUGAAAUAUAACAUUUGGCUGUCUCUGCAGCGUCCCACAAAACACAACCUGCUCUUUUGAGAGUCCGGUUUACGGAGUUUUAACCGAACACGUCCGAGGUAAUCAGGCAGAAUGACGGGCGCUGAGGGACAUGUAGAGGAGGACGGCACCGCGCGGUCAUCGUUUCCUCCGCCGCUGUCACACCGAGAGCGCUUCCCGGUGCAGAAGAACAACGUGUGUUCACGAUCAUACUUUGUAGUGGUCAUGGUUUUCUUCCACGUCUACAUCCUUAACGUCAUUGCACUGUUACUGUACGUGCAUUACAACACCGGCUCUGAAGCGGGCGUCUCCUCCAGCAGAGAGCUGAGCAGCCGGAGCAGCGCUCCUGAAGCGGCAGAGCAGCCGGAAGUUCACACUCACCUCCCGCGCAUCGAGGGGAUACGGGUUGGUCAUGUGCAAAAAGUGUCUCUGGUGCCAGGAAAAGUGCAUGAGAUGAAGACCCUCAGUCUGAAGCCUCUUCUCUUUGAAAUUCCUGGUUUCCUCUCUGAGAGAGAGUGCGCAGUAGUGAUGCGUCUGGCUCAGCUGAAGGGCCUGGUGGAAAGUCAAGUCAUGGUGCCUGAGGGACAGGAAGAGCUCAGCCAGCAGCUCAACCUCAGUGCUGAAGAGAUCUUCCAUUUGCUUGAUCUCAAUCAGGAUGGCCAGCUGCAGCCACAUGAGAUUUUAACACAUUCCAGAGUGAGAGAUGGUAUCUGGCUGACUCCUGAGAACCUCAGAGAGAUUUACAAUGGCCUCAAGGUGGACCAGGAUGGUAACGGCCUCUUGAGUGUAGAGGAGUUUGGGCAGCUGAGCAGUGACGCAUUCCAGCGCUUCCUACACCAGCGGGGGGUGAACAGGAACCAGUUAGUGAGGAACAGCAGACACACAUGGCUCUACCAGGGUCAGGGAGCACACCAGGUCCUCAGAGAUCUCCGCAAUAGGGUCACGCGUUUAACAAAGCUUCCAUCUGCAUUGGUAGAGUUGAGUGAACCUCUUCAGGUGGUGCGUUAUGAGCAAGGUGGUCAUUACCAUGCUCAUCAUGACAGCGGGCCAGUUUACCCUGAGACAACCUGCACACACACACACCUCGCUGUCAACUCCUCCUCACCAUUCCAGACUUCCUGCAGGUAUAUUACUGUAUUGUUUUACCUGAACACAGUAGAGGAAGGCGGGGAAACCACCUUUCCUGUAGCAGACAACAGAACCUAUGAUGAAGUGUCUCUUAUACAAGACGACGUUGAUUUGUUGGACACGAGAAAGCACUGUGAUAAAGGGAACUUGAGAGUGAAGCCCACAAUGGGCAAAGCAGUGUUCUGGUACAACUAUCUGUCUGAUGGAAACGGCUGGGUGGGUGAACAGGAUGAGUACGCACUACAUGGGGGCUGUGUUGUCACUCGAGGGGUAAAAUGGAUCGCCAACAACUGGAUCAAUGUUGACCCAGACUACCAACGGCAAGCCCAGUACGAGCAGCUCAUGUCGCAGCAGCCGGAAUCUCAGGAGCAGCUGCAUCACUCAGACACCCACCAGGACCUGUAACUACAUGCAUGCAUUUGAUAAGACUUGCAGUACACAUACAUUUGCAAGUCCACAAACAUACUGUAGACACAAGAAGAUCUGCACACAUAUACGUGAACAUGCGUAGCACGCACACACCAAGGCAUGCACAAGCACACAAACACUGUGCUGGAACAUGCACAUGCAGGUACACAAACAAUUAUAUGUAUGGACGAACAUACAUCUAUACAUUAGAAAGGCUUAUUGGGACACAGGGAUACAACUUUAAUACUUGCACAUGUGGUACAGCGUACCACGUGGUAUUUUACCAAUAUUUAUUUAUGAACACUUCUAAAAUUGUUAUUGGUGAUUUUAUUGCAGCUGCUCUGUAUGAGCACAGAGAGGGAGAGACUAGAGAGAUGGGUUGGGCACAGCGACCACUGAAAAUAGAGAGACAGGGCUUACUGUCUGGUCAUAGAAAUGAACUAAAACUGGUUCACUUCUGACAUGUUUUUACCUGAUACAUUUUUCUUUUUCAAUUCCUGUGUCAGUGUUCACCUAAUCUAUUUUUCCCCCCAAUUUCACCUAAUCAUUACAUUGCCAAAAUCUAUAUUGCUUUUUAUUUUUUUCAUAAUCCCCAGCUUGGAUGUAGAUGCACAAACCUGUAUAGACAUACACUGUGCAUAUUCAUGCAGGCAUACAGGUACAUGCAUGCUUAUUAGGGGUGUAACAAUAUGUUAACGAUACACUGCAUCCUAAUGCACAGCGUUUUUUUUUUUUGUUAUUAUAUGCUGCUAAGAUUCUGAAUGGUCACACAAUAACUGUCACUAUUAAGUUUCAUUAUUGUACUUUUAUAAUAUCACAUUUUAGUCAACUGAAAAUGGAAGCCUAAGAUACAUAUACAGACAAUGCUUAUUAUUGCUGUAUUGAAAAUGUAUUAUAUUGAAUUUGAAUUUUGUGUAUUGUUACACCCCUAAUUCUUAUAUGUACAUAGAAAUACACUUGCUGACAAAAAUAUAUUCAGACACACUAUAAACACUGAACUGAACUGUAGCAUAACUUCACCUAUUAGACAUUUGCGGUUCAUUGUUUAAAGCUAAAUUACUUGUAUAGCUCUGUGCUGCAUUGAAGUAGUAGUACAAAUGAAUCAUAUGAGCCGAGCUGAGCUUUAUAUGCUGGAAAAUAACAGGCUGUCAACUACUAUUUGUUUGUUCUGAAAUUAAUUUCUUCAGAACAAGUAAUCACCAGCAUUCACUAAACCAGUGGCGGCUCGUCCAUAGCGGCAGGUGGGUCAGAGCCCAACCAUAUAUAUAUAAACCGUUCAACAAACUUCAUAGUCCUGAUGCCAUACAUUUUAAAUUCAAUUGAAAUACUAAUGCGUGACUGACGAUAUUUAAAAAAAAAAAAAAAAAAAAAAGAUGUAGCUGUUUGAUAGAUACCCUCUGUAUUCGAACAGCAAGGCCAGUCAUUUUUAUUUAUUUUUUUUGCUAUGCAUUGGAGACAUUUGGGUUUGAGAUCAAAAGAUGAAUGAAAAUUUCAGCGUUUAUUUUCUGAUAUUUAUCUAGACGUGUUACAGUUUAGAACAUGGUACCUUUUGUUUGAACCCAUCCAUUUUUCAAGUGAUCAAAAAUACUGGAACAUGUGACUGACAAGUGUUUCUUAUUGCCCAGGUGUGUCCUGUUAGAUUGAUUGUUUAAACUCUGAAUGUAUAUUCUUGGUUUGAGCCCUUGGUUUCUCCUCUUAAGACUGCAUUUUUGUUGUUAAAAAAGGAUAAACCAACAUGAAGACCAAAGAGCUGUAUAUGAGAGAAAAGCAAGCUAUUUUAAAGCUGAGAAAAGAGGGGAAAUCGAUCAGACCCAUUGCACAAGCAUUGGGCAUAGCCAGUACAACACUUUGGAAUGUCCUGAAAAAGACAGAAACCACUGGUAUACUAACAACCAGACAUCGAAAAGGUCAGCCAAGGAAAACAGCAGCAGUUAAUGAUAAACAUUGUGAGCCCUGUGAGGAAAAACCCAAAAACAACAGACUGUGACAUCACCAACAACCUCCAAAGGGUAGGGGUGAAUGUAUCACAAUCCACUAUUUGAGGAAGAGUCAAAGUGCAGAAAUAUAGAGGCCAUACAACAAGAUGCACACCACUCAUGAGUAGUAAGAAUCAGAAAGCCAGAUUGGAAUUCACAAAGAAAUACAGAGCCAGAAAAGUUCUGGAACAAAGAUUAACCUCUACCAAAGUGAUGGAAAGGCCAAAGUGUGGAGAAGAAAGUAUUUGCCCAUGAUCCAAAACAUACAAGCUCAUCGGUUAUGCACAGUGGAGGUAGUGUCAUGGCUUGGGCUUGCAGGGCUAGUUCUGGAACAGGUUCACUAAUUUUUAUUGAUGAUGAAACUCAUAGCAGCAGAAUGAAUUCAGAAUUUGACAGUUUAUGGAGAAAUGCGUCCAAUAACUUCGGUAACUUCCUGCUGCAAGACAAUGACCCAAAAAGCACUGCGAACACAACAAUGGACUUCAUCGGGGAAAAACUGGAAGGUUUUAGACUGGCCAAGUCACUCACCAGACCUUAACCCAGACGAGCAUGCAUCUCACCUCCUGAAGAGGAGACUGAAGGGAGAAACCCCCCCCAAAACAAAUAGCUGCGGGAGGCUGCAGUACAGGCCUCUAAAAAGCAACACACAAGAAGAAUGCAACAGUUUUGUGGCGAGUGGAUCACUGGCUUGAUGCAGUUAUUGCAAGCAAGGGAUAUGCAACCAAAUAUUAAAUAUUAUUUACUUUAAUUAUUUUAAUUUAAUUUUAAUUAAUCUGUUUCUUUUGCUCACCUAAAAAAUUCCAUGGUCUACCAUCAAAAGUGCCAUGUUCUAAGUUGUUAAACACAUCUAGAUGUAAAUAUCAGAAAAUGAAAGCAGAAAUUCUGAUCUAUUGUCUCAUUCAUCUUUUGAUCUCAAACCCAAAUGUCUUUAGUGUAUGGCCUUGCCAUUAUAAUACUUUCAGAGGGGACUGUACGUCUAUGUUCCGUUGAUUUGUUCACCUUCCUAAAUGUUGCACAAUCGUGGGGCAGCAUGCGCAGUUCCUCAUUUAGCUUGGUGGAGUUAUUAUUGGAUGGAAUGCUCAAAGUUGGGAACUAAAAGAAGCGCUAAAAUAGGCCCAUUGGGGCAGGAAUUACUCUUCGCCCUGCUUGUUCUAUGAAUGUUUUGUUUAUACAUGGGGGAGGGGCAGCAGACGGGACAGUGUUACCUCUUCUGUGUUCAUUUCACACACUGUGACAGUGGCUAUGGGAACCACACUUGAAACACAGUUGAUUUUCUUUUUAAAAAAAAAUCCAUUUGUACACAAGUCAUCACAAUGAACACAGCCAUCUUUUUUUAUCCAUGGUUUUCAGUCCUUUCCCUGAUUAGAAAGGACAUGAUUAGCAAGUUUAGUCUACACUUUUAUCUAGCUAACUAUAUAACUAGCUAGUUUGUGAAUGUGUCUUUGGAUUGCAAUUAUCUGCAACCAGAAGCCAUCAUAAUUGCACCAAUUGUUUUAAAAUUACAAUGUCUGGUCUCAAUAAAGCUGUGAUCGAGAAACUUGGGCAUCUGAAAGG